AAAAACAUAUAACAAGCAUAUAAAACACAAUAUAUUUUUCCUCAUUAAAAAUUUAUUGAUAAAGACGCAGUUCCAGGAAAUCUGAAAUACUCCAUUAAAAACUCUUGUAGAGUUUUUAACUAUGUAGCCUCUCUGCCUUUUUACAUUUUAUUAAACUCUUAAUACCUACUUUCUACAUUAAUUGAUAUUUCUACAUAAACAAUAACCGAAGCAGAAUUUCAAGUAAUUAUUAUUAAUACAAAUAAGAAUUAGGGUACUUAGUAAAUGUGAGGCUAGUUCAAGAACAGUGUUGCAUUCGACACAGUAGGGCAACCUGAAAAUCCUUGAGAACAAUUCGAGUGUGCGUGCAAAUCGCCAGUUAACCCCUGAUGUCCUUGGCCGAUUCCACGUAUUUGUUGCGAAAUAAAAAGCAAGGAAAUCUAAAGAUUUAACUUUUAUACACAGAGGUAGCGUUGAUAAAAACUUCAUUAUAUUUCCAUCCUUUUUUCCAAGUGGCAAACUAUUCAGUAGGGAAUGUAAGGCCAAUUUUCGUAUAUUUUUUUAAUUUGGUAUAGCAAACACGAAAGCUAUACAAGAAAAUUUAAGUUUUUUUUAACACUUUAAUACACGGCUGAAUUAAUGGAUAGACAAGGUGUUCAUAAUAGCUAUGGGUCAACGGAUGAGCAACGGAUGGUGCUAUCGACGCCACAACAGUUCACCCAGAGGAAAUCCGUUACCAGCAUGAAGUUAUUCACCAUGGUGGUGUUGCACUCGUGGCGCCAACGCCGAAAGGAGGUUCGUGAACUCAAAGAGAUGGUGCAACACCUCCAGGAUAGCUCCAUGAAGACCAAAAACGAGCUGCACGUAUGUGGUACUUUGGUGCGCGUGGAGGAAAAAAGGAACAGGGAACUUCAAAUAAAGCUUAAGCUAUCGACGAUGAGCAUUGACGAAGCAAGAUCCUCCUGCGAAUCGCUCACUAACUCGAUCCGUGACCUCACAACAGAGAAAAAGCGAUUGGAAUCCGAUUUGGAACAGCGCUCACAGGAGUACAAUGAGCUGGAGGAAGAAUCUGACAAAACCAAACGGCUGCUCUUCGACGCCUACAUGGAUCAAUCAUACCUGCAAAAGCAACUAGCCGUGGAGCAGCGUACGACGCAGAGACUGCAGACGGAAAAGAACCAGCUCACCCAGGAAGUGAUACUGGCGGAGAGCAGAGAUAACAAGUACCGCCAGGUGAGGGAAUGGUACCAGCAUAUGCUGCACGAAAAGGAUCAGUGCAUUUCCAGCCUGGGGAGGAGAUUGGCUAUGGUGGAGGAGGAACUGCUUGACAAAAAUGGGCAAUCUAGAGAAUUGCAACAAUUGCGUGAGAGUGCUCAACAAAUGUCGAACGAAAUCUCGGAGCUGCGCCAGGAGAUCAACCGAAAUCGCAACGGUGUCUUCGGUGAUUCCUGUAGUCGUCUCGGAAUUGGACGCCUCCAAGACCAUGUGUUUGCGCCUUUUCAAGGAAACCAUAUCUGGAUCAAACUUCGACGCUAUUCCUUUAACGCGAUAUAUUUGUUUGCUUUGUAUCUGCUGCCUGGAAUGCCUCUCAAAUAUCGUCAAAACUAAACCUAAUUAAAUAAUCUUUCCAUAAAAAUAUUUUCAGUUACCAAAUUAAUGGAAUCCCGCAGUCGUAUUAUGUCCUAUGGUUUGGUUUGCCUAUGCUAACUUGCAAAUGACUAUUGUUAACUUGCUUAACUUUUUUUCAGUGUAAUAAUAAGGUAGGUUGUAGUGUUUGACCAAUUGGAUCUUAAAGGUUCUACCUAAAGGAAAUCAGCUAGAAUUUUACAAAUCAUAAAUUAAGAACUCUAUAACUCUAUAGUCGAGGGCCACGACUGAAAGAUACCUUUUACUUACCUAAUGGAAGUGCGAGUGCUAUAACAAACAGAAAUUUAAUACGUUAUCAAUGCUUUUUUGUUAGGUUUCCUAAAAUUUGGCUUAAGCUAUUUUUGGAACGUCGAUUAAUAUUGAUAGGCUAUAAAAAAAAACAGGUAUAUACUCUUAUUGUUAAAUAAAAUAGUUGGUGGCUUAAAAGCACACCUACUUCUAUACAUAUACAUAAGAGAACGGCAGUCGACGUAGUGACGAAGCGCACCAGGAUUGAGCGAAGGCGACUACAAACACGAAAAAUUGAAAAUCUGCUUUGAUGGUCCAAUCAUACGAAUCGAAACAUAUACAUAUAGAUUUAUAUAAUUUAUAAAAUUAUAUAAUCGACCAGCCUUUUGUUAUAAAAUGACCGGAUGAAAUUAUAAAUAUGAUAAAAAGUACCGAAUGAGUAAAUUAUAGUUUCUAGAAUUCUUCAAAAAAGUGGAUAUCAGAACUUUUGUAUUCACUUUGGACUUCAUUCUUUUCUAAGAGUUUUUGUUUGAUUUUAUAUAUAAUGCGGAUUAAAGUUUCUAAAAAUAACAUUAAAACAAUCUAAAGCUCAUAUUUGCUAGUUUGUUUAUUUUCACAUAUUUUGCAAUGAGUAUUUUGUAUAAUUUAUAUUUAUUUCUGGGCUAUCCCUUGCACACUCGGUUGCAUUUUUCAUAUGUCCACUGUUACCACAUGCAAAGUUAUUGCAGUUUGCCGGCAUUUUAUCAUAAAACUUACAUUAAAUAUCCCUCAAAUCUUAAAUUCAAUUGCUUCACUAUUACAUUCCUUCGUAAUCCAUCGUUCGGGAAAUAGAAAACUAUUUGCUUUGCUUUCACUUUACUUCGUUUCUGGCUAUCCAUAAUCUCUAAUUGAAGUACUCUAGUCUCAAGUUAAUUUUAUGAUUUAUGUAGUACGCAUAUUGGCUAUCAAUACUUUGGCUUGUUGGAUCGAUGUAUGAGUUGAAUGUGAUCUCGGACUUUUGCUUGGACACGAAACUGAAAGUGAGUUGUUUCAUUCGUUCGUUAUUGGUUCAGUGAGUUGCGUAAAUAGACUUUGUAUUUUUUUAUUUGUUCGCAUAAAGGGACGGUAAAAAUUACAAUAAAAUCAUUUGAAAUAUGUAUGCAACUUGUUUUGUUCGCUUGCUUCUCAUUCGAAAUAUCUACUGACUUCAAUGUGUAUAUAAAUAUAUUUACAAUUAAUUAGAGGGCAUCUCCUCGCUGUCCUGGCACGUUGCAUAAUUUGUAUAGGCAACUCCAAAGAGUUAAUAUGUGAAUGCAUGAAUGGACGUUGUGUGUAUCAGUAUGUGUGUCUGUGUUUAUUUAAAUAUAAAUUCAAUUUAAUGGCUCGGUAAUUUACACAAUAUGCGAUCUUGUAUAUAUAAAUUUCAUGUAGAAUAAUAUUGAUCUUUUCCGAUUGACAACGAAAACAUCAAGAACCCAAAAAGAAGCAACCAGGUUUUUUGGGUGGAUUAAUUUCAAAACUACUACAGAAAGUGCUCUGGCUGAUAUCUCUACCUUUUAUGUUCAAUUAGCUACUAUAAUAAUAUCCUUUAAACUUUAACGCUAUUCUUGCUAUUCUUAUGUUGGUUAAGCUGCUGGUAAUCACCAUAGUUAUUUAUUUCUGGUUUAAACAUAGCAUCAAUUCAACGCUGUUCGAAUUAAGCAAAAAUAAUUGUUUUUCAUCGGGUUAAAUGUAAUGUAAUGUUAAAUGUAAGUGUAAAAAAUUAACGGUAAUCCGCACUUAAAUUAUAAAAAUAAAAAGAAACUAAUGUAUUUUCUUGCUUAGUUUUGUUGUGGUGCAAUUUAUUAAUUGUAUUAAAUAAUAAUGCACAAAUCAUAAGUUAUGUUUGCAAUUAAUGCUACAUAAGCCACAAAAACUCAGUUUUUCUCAAUUGCAAAUUAUAAUUAAUUACCUACAAUUUCUUCAUUUCAUGGCGACCAAAUGCCGCUCAAUAAAUACAAAAAUCUUCAUCUGUC